GCCAACUUGACGUACAAGAAAAAAAGUCAUGGAAGCCAUCUUUCUUUCUCUAAAAAUUGUGCUUGCACUUAAGACGUGUUUGGAUACUUUUUUAGUAUUUUAACAGAUCCUUCAAAAUGUCCGGAACAACCGCCACAAUCCGUACCAGAAAAUUCAUGACAAACCGCCUGCUCUGCAGGAAACAAAUGGUUUGUGAUGUUCUCCACCCUGGACUUGCGUCCGUCAACAAGAAGGACAUCCGCGAGAAACUCGCCAGCAUGUACAAAGUAACACCAGAUGUGUGCUUCGUCUUCGGUUUCAGAACCAACUUCGGAGGUGGCCGAUCCACAGGAUUCGGUUUGAUCUACGAUACCUUGGACUUCGCCAAGAAAUUCGAACCCAAGCAUCGUCUGGCCCGUCACGGUCUCUUCGAACAGAAGAAACAGACACGUAAACAGCGUAAGGAACGCAGAAACAGGAUGAAGAAGGUCCGUGGUACCAAGAAGGCUAAGGUUGGACAAGCCGCCAAGAAGUAGACGAGUUAAAACGUAUGCAUUUUUCUAUAAUAUAAAAAUUUAAUUUGCGUUUGAAAAAAGUAAAUUUUAUAAAUAAACAACUAACUGAAAGUAAAAUUGUUAAA